CGUGACGCACAUGAGAGACGCAUGGACGCUCUCUGAAGUCAAAGCGGCGCUGCAUGUGGCAGAAGGAUCAGACCGUCAUUAAACUCUCUAGUUUACGCAUAUAUCACUAUAUUAAUAUUUAUUCAGUUGUAAUCCCAGGCUGACUGCGCGAACGCUUCGCAGUCAUGGUGAAGGAGCAGUUUAGAGAGACGGAUGUGGCCAAAAAGAUAAGUCACAUCUGUUUUGGCAUUAAGUCAGCAGAGCAGAUGAGACAACAGGCUCAUAUUCAGGUGGUCAGCAAGAACCUGUACAGCCAAGACACCAGCCACACACCGCUGCAGUAUGGAGUCCUGGACCACCGCAUGGGAACCAGCGAGAAGGACAGACCGUGUGAGACCUGCGGGAAGAACCUGGCCGACUGUCUCGGUCACUACGGCUAUCUGGACCUGGAGCUGCCCUGCUUUCAUGUCGGAUACUUCAAAGCCAUUAUUGGGAUCCUGCAGAUGAUCUGUAAGACGUGUUCUCACAUCCUUCUCAGCAAAGAGGAAAAGCUUCAGUUUCUGGAUUUCUUGCGUAGACCUGGACUGGCGUACCUGCAGAAGCGCGGCCUCAAGAAGAAGAUCUCCGACAAAUGCAGGAAGAAGACCAAGUGUGUGCAUUGCAACGCAUUUAAUGGCCCUGUGAAGAAAUGUGGCUUGCUGAAGAUCAUUCAUGAGAAGUACAAGACCACAAAGAAGGUCGUCGAUCCCAUGGUGUCAGAUUUCCUCCAGUCGUUUGAUAUCGCCAUUGAGCACAAUAAAGAAGUGGAGUCACUACUGACCAGAGCACAGGAAAACCUCAAUCCUCUGGUCGUGUUGAAUGUUUUCCGGAGGAUUCCAAACGAGGACUUUCCUCUUCUGCUGAUGAAUCCAGAAUCCGGGAAACCCGCUGACCUCAUCCUGACACGCCUGUUAGUGCCGCCCCUCUGCAUCCGGCCCUCCGUCGUCAGCGACCUCAAAUCGGGCACCAAUGAGGAUGAUCUGACCAUGAAGUUAACGGAAAUCAUCUUCCUCAAUGAUGUCAUCAAGAAGCACCGCGUGUCAGGAGCCAAAACGCAGAUGAUCAUGGAGGACUGGGACUUCCUGCAGCUCCAGUGCGCUCUCUACAUCAACAGCGAGCUGUCGGGCAUCCCGCUCAAUAUGGCACCCAAGAAAUGGACCCGUGGCUUCGUGCAAAGACUCAAGGGAAAACAGGGGCGGUUUCGUGGUAACCUGUCUGGAAAGAGAGUGGAUUUCUCCGGCAGAACGGUCAUCUCUCCCGACCCGAACCUGAGGAUCGAUGAGGUCGCUGUACCGGUGCACGUCGCUAAAAUCCUCACCUACCCAGAGAAGGUGAAUAAAGCCAACAUUGAGCUGAUGAGGAAGCUGGUGCGUAACGGUCCUGAUCUUCACCCAGGAGCUAAUUUUAUUCAGCAGAGACACAUGCAGAUGAAGAGGUUUUUGAAGUACGGUAAUCGGGAGAAGAUGGCUCAGGAGCUGAAGUACGGUGACGUGGUUGAGAGACACAUGAUCGAUGGAGACAUCGUUCUCUUCAAUCGGCAGCCGUCUCUGCACAAACUCAGCAUCAUGGCUCAUAUCGCGCGUGUGAAGCCUCAUCGGACGUUUCGUUUUAACGAAUGUGUUUGCACGCCGUACAACGCUGAUUUUGACGGAGACGAGAUGAACCUUCACCUGCCGCAGACGGAGGAGGCCAAAGCUGAAGCGCUCGUGCUCAUGGGGACGAAGGCUAAUCUGGUCACUCCGAGAAACGGUGAGCCGCUGAUCGCAGCCAUUCAAGACUUCCUGACAGGUGCGUACCUGCUCACGCUCAAAGACACGUUCUUCGACCGAACCAAAACCUGUCAGAUCGUCGCCUCCAUCCUGGUGGGAAAAGAUGAGAAAAUCAAGAUCUCCCUCCCGCCUCCUGCUAUUCAGAAGCCGAUCCGGCUGUGGACGGGGAAGCAGAUCUUCAGUCUGAUACUCAAACCCAGUAAAAGCUGUCCGGUGAAGGCCAACCUGCGCACCAAAGGCAAACAGUACUGCGGGAAAGGGGAGGAUCUGUGUCACAAUGAUUCCUUUGUGGUGAUCCAGAACAGUGAGCUGAUGUGUGGCAGUCUGGAUAAAGGAACUCUGGGAUCCGGAUCCAAGAAUAACAUCUUCUACAGGUGUCGAUGUUUUUGUGACUCCUGUGUUGAAGCGAAUCGAGGUUUCUCCAUUGGGAUUGGAGACGUGACGCCUGGACAGGGACUCUUGAAGGCCAAACAGGAACUACUGGACGCUGGCUAUAAGAAAUGUGACGAGUAUAUCGAAGCCCUGAAGACGGGCAGGUUACAGCAGCAGCCGGGCUGCACCGCAGAGGAAACGCUGGAGGCGUUGAUCCUGAAGGAGCUGUCCGUCAUCAGAGAUCACGCUGGCAGUGCGUGUUUGAGAGAACUGGACAAAAGCAACAGUCCACUGAUCAUGGCUCUGUGUGGAUCCAAAGGUUCAUUCAUUAACAUCUCACAGAUGAUCGCGUGCGUCGGGCAGCAGGCCAUCAGCGGCUCUCGUGUUCCCGACGGCUUUGAGAACCGCUCGCUGCCUCACUUCGAAAAGCACUCCAAACUCCCUGCUGCGAAGGGCUUUGUGGCAGACAGCUUUUAUUCUGGUCUGACCCCCAGCGAGUUCUUCUUCCACACUAUGGCUGGUAGGGAAGGUCUGGUCGACACAGCCGUAAAAACAGCAGAGACCGGAUACAUGCAGAGGCGUCUGGUGAAGUCUCUGGAGGACUUGUGCUCUCAGUACGAUCUGACGGUGCGCAGCUCCACCGGUGACAUCAUACAGUUCAUCUACGGCGGAGACGGACUCGACCCCACGGCCAUGGAGGGAAAAGACGAACCGCUGGAGUUCAGAAGAGUCCUCGACAACAUCAGAACGGUGCACAGCUGUCCAGGUGAGCCUGCGCUGAGCAGAAACGAGCUGAUCUUAACCUCCGACUCCAUCAUGAAGAGAAAAGACUUCCUGUGCUGUAAAGACACGUUUCUGGAGGAAAUCAGAAAGUUCAUCAAAACAGUUUCGGAGAAAAUCAAAAAGACACGCGACAAAUACGGCAUCAACGACAACGGAACGACAGAGCCUAAAGUUCUGUACCAGCUGGACAGAAUCACUCCGACCCAGUUGGAGAAGUUUCUGGAAACCUGCAGAGACAAAUAUAUGAGGGCACAGAUGGAGCCGGGCUCUGCCGUCGGGGCGCUGUGUGCUCAGAGCAUCGGGGAGCCGGGGACUCAGAUGACCCUCAAGACGUUUCACUUCGCUGGAGUCGCUUCCAUGAACAUCACUCUGGGAGUCCCGAGAAUCAAAGAGAUCAUCAAUGCAUCCAAAAACAUCAGUACACCCAUCAUAAGUGCCAACCUGGAUACCGAUGAUGACCCAGACUUCGCUCGGCUGGUGAAAGGACGCAUUGAGAAAACUCUACUGGGAGAGAUUUCCGAGUACAUCGAGGAGGUUUUCCUGCCUGAUGAUUGUUUCAUCCUGGUGAAGCUGUCGCUAGAGAGGAUUCGUCUUCUGAGGUUGGAGGUGAACGCAGAGACGGUGCGAUACUCCAUCUGUACGUCAAAGCUGCGGGUGAAGCCGGGCGAUAUCGCGGUUCACGGAGAGGCUGUGGUCUGCGUGUCUCCCAAAGAAAACAGCAAGAGCUCCAUGUACUACGUCCUGCAGUCACUCAAACAGGAGCUUCCUAAGGUGGUGGUCCAGGGCAUCCCUGAAGUGGCGCGUGCUGUCAUUCACAUCGACGAACAGAGCGGCAAACGGAAGUUCAAACUGCUGGUGGAGGGAGAUAAUCUCAGGGCUGUCAUGGCAACUCACGGCGUCAACGGCAACAGAACAACAUCCAACAACACAUACGAGGUCGAGAGGACGUUAGGCAUCGAAGCGGCGAGGUCCACCAUCAUUAACGAGAUCCAGUACACCAUGGUAAACCACGGUAUGAGCAUCGACCGCAGACACGUCAUGCUGCUGGCGGACCUCAUGUCUUAUAAGGGUGAGAUUCUGGGCAUCACCCGCUUCGGUCUGGCCAAGAUGAAGGAGAGCGUUCUCAUGCUGGCGUCCUUUGAGAAGACGGCGGAUCAUCUGUUCGAUGCGGCUUAUUUCGGGCAGAAAGACUCGGUCUGUGGUGUGUCUGAAUGCAUUAUAAUGGGAAUCCCCAUGAACAUCGGCACUGGACUCUUUAAACUCUUACACAGCGCCACGAAGGAGCCCAAUCCCCCGCGCAGGCCUUUGCUCUUCGACAGUCCUGAUUUCCACAUCCCUCUGGCCUUAUAAACUGCCGGCUGUGAUGUGGAGCGUAACGAGCGUUUGCUGCAGAUCUCCAGCUCUUCUGCACCUCUUAGGUUUUUUACAGUUCAAAUCAAUCAUUUUGUGCCUUUAGGGUUUCUCGGCCUUGCCAAAACAGUGUUUCUCAUUUGAAACGGUGGGAAUGAUGUUCUGAUGAAUGAAUCUGCAGCAAGACUGAAAUCACUGAUUAUUGAUAUUAUCUCGAUGAUAAUAGGCCUUUAUGUUGGGAUUCCUGCGAACAUUCGACCCUGUUAUUUUCUCAUUUGAGAUUAUAUUUUUUACUUGUUAAAGGCUAAGUGAUUAAGUUUAACUGAAGCACUUGAAUUUAUAGAUUAGCAAUCAAAUCUAAUUUAUGCAUGUGCGGUUUUCGUUUCGUUUUCUUUGCGCUGCUGCUGUGUUUCGUCAAACAGGCAAGACUGACGUCCAUGUUCAAUGUAAAUAUGUAUCAGGUGUGAAUAAAAUGUACAUUACGAUAACACCAGCAGCACAUUGCUUCACGUUAUU